AUGGUAGUGGCAGCUGUUCAACAAAAUCAACAAAAGCAUUCAUCAUCAUUGAAACGGUAUCAAGAAGAAGAAGAAGAAGAAGAAGAAGGAGAAGAAGAAUUAAAAUUAAAAUUAAAUAAAGUUCAACAAUCAACAGUAAAUAAAUGUGACACUAGUCAAACAGUCGACCAUUGUUCUUCUUCUUCUAUUACAUCAUUAUCUGCACAACAUUUUAAUUCAGAAUCAACCGGAUUUCAACAAAGCAAUUUAAAAAAAAAUUCAUCAAAAGAUAAAAUCAAAACAAAUCUGUGGUCUCAAAGUGCAUAUCCAAAAUUUAGAAAACUAACAGCGAAUAUGGAAAUUCAUCGACAACGUUUUUCACAAUUAAAUCCACAUUUCGAAAGAUUUUUUCAAUAUAAAACUACUGCUAAUCCCAUACAACAGUCCCUGUCAAACGACAAUGAUUUUCAAACCAUUUAUCCACAAAUUUCAUCGAAUAUUCCACGUCCACCUCAGCGACAAAAAGCGCGCUCACGACAACAAAAUAAUCAUUUUUUCUCUUCUCAAAAACAGCAGUUGCUGAAAGUUGAUGAUGGCGAUUACCAACAACAAGAGCACAAACCUAUACCUACUUUUCGACGCUAUAAUUCAGCAACAAAACUAGAUUAUUCUGAUAUUAAUAGUAAUAAAAAAGAGUGUAUUACAUUGGCUAAUUUAACAAAAGUGCUUCAUAUAUUACAAAAUCGCGCGACAAUAGGUGAAACAACGGCAAAAAGUAAUUCGGAUAAAAGUGAUACAACAACAACUAGUAGUCAAUCAUCAGUUAAACAGCGUGUUCAACAACAUUUACAAAAUACAGCAUCAAGAUGGUGGAAACAAGGAAGAUCAUCAACGACAAUGAUGAUUCCUACUGAUCAAAAUACAGCACCAUCAUCCGCCACUAUACAACAACAACACGAACAACCGCAGGAUUUUUUACCUGUUCUAACGAUUGUUAAUGCUAAUCAUCCUAUUUAUCCGCAACAUCCACCUGCUCGUUCAAAAUCGAGUAGGAGAUUUUCAUCCCGUAAGACUCCAACAAUCUCCACGAAUAUUCAUCCAGCAAUUACACCCAUCCCUUCUACUAAUGUUAUACAUUCAAAGGGUGCUACUAUUCAACAACAUCAAGAGCCACUAAUAAUGUCUACAAAAGGAGUUCGAUUACAUGCAACUAAUCAGCAGCUGUUGAAUUAUAUUCAACGACAACGAUUAGUUAGACAACCUUGA